GCGAGGAUGGUGCCGCUGGGGCAGCGUGGCCCGCAGCCCGGUGCGGCCGGGGACCUGGCGGCGCUGGCCGAGCUGGACGAGGCGGCGCUGCUGGCCGGGCUGCGGGAGCGCUUCCUGCAGCAGCACAUCUACACCGACAUCGGAGACAUCCUGGUCGCCAUGAACCCCUUCCAGCCGCUGCCGCUCUACGGGAGGGAGGUCUCCGAGCGGUACCGCCGCCUUCAGACCGACGCGCUGCCGCCCCACAUUUUCGCCGUGGCCAGCCGCGCCUACCACGCCAUGCUGGGCCGCGGGGGCGGCGGACCCCGCAACCAGUGCAUCCUCAUCAGUGGAGAGAGUGGUGCUGGGAAAACAGAAAGUACGAAGUUGUUGUUGCAGCACAUAAUGAACCUAUGCAAAGGUAACUCACAGCUGGAGCAGCAGAUACUUCAGGUGAAUCCAUUGCUUGAAGCUUUUGGCAAUGCCCAGACAGUGAUGAAUGACAACAGCAGCCGCUUUGGAAAAUACAUACAGCUGCGUUUCCAGAAAAAUAUAGUGCAAGGUGCAAAGCUGAGUGAGUACCUGUUAGAGAAGUCACGGGUGGUACAGCAAGAUACUGGGGAGAGGAAUUUCCACAUCUUCUACUACAUGUUUGCUGGACUGUCUUCAGAGCAGAAGGAGAUGUAUGGGUUAUUGGAUCCUUCACUCUACAGGUACAUAAGUGGACGAUUUGGUACACAGGAAGUCACUGAAUGCUGGAAGCACAAAUACCAAGAGGUUUGCAAUGCCCUUGACAUGGUGGGCUUCCAAGAACAGGAACAAGUGGACAUGCAGGCUAUCUUGGCUGGUGUGUUGUCUCUGGGCAAUGUGACCUUUGAGCCUGAGGAGAGCAAUGGGUCUGUGAAGGUCAGUGAAGCCUCCCAGGGAUGGCUGAAGGCUGCAGCGGGUCAGUUUGGAGUCCAGGAAGAUGAGCUGUUAAAAUGCCUGAUUUGUACAACAUCAGUGACCCGAGGCGAGCAGAUCCAGCGUUUUCACACCCAGCAGCAGGCAGAAGAUGCUCGGGACUCCAUUGCAAAGGUGGCCUAUGGCCGAGUGUUUGGCUGGAUUGUUUGCAAGAUCAAUGAGCUGCUGGCUGAGAACGUGGAUCCUGAGGUGGAGCUGAGGGAGAUAGGGAUCUUGGAUAUUUUUGGGUUUGAAAACUUUGCAGUGAAUCGUUUUGAACAGCUUUGCAUAAACUUGGCCAAUGAGCAGCUGCAGCAUUUCUUCAACCAUCACAUUUUCCAGCUGGAGCAGGCUGCAUAUAAGGAAGAAGGGCUGCCUUGGGAGACCAUCACAUUCAACAAUAAUGAACCUAUUCUGAAUCUGCUCUUGGCCAAGCCACUUGGGCUGCUGUCUCUUCUGGAUGAGCAGAGUGCAUUCCCUCAGGCAACUGAUAAGACAUUUGUGGAUAAACUAAACAGCAGCUUUAAGGGGAAUUUACACUUCCAGCCAUCCCGAGGCCAUGUUUUGAGCUUCAGCAUCAUUCACUAUGCUGGGAAAGUACAAUAUGCUGCCAGGGGCUUUCUAGAGAAGAACAGAGACACCGUGCCAGCCAACGUCCGUGGGCUCUUCAUCAACAGUGUCACCCCCUUGCUCAGUGUGCUGUUCACAGCCACGGUCUCCAGAACAGGGACCCUGAUGCCUCAUGUGAAAGCCAAGGUCAUACCAGGAGUAGAUGACAAGUUCAACAGCACACGGAAACAGUCUGCUGGAGCUCAAUUCCGGCAUUCCCUGAUGGUGCUCAUGGAGAGGAUGUACUCUGCCAACCCACACUUUGUGCGCUGCAUAAAGCCCAACAACCAGAAGGAGCCAGGUGUCCUGGACAACCAGGUGGUGCUGCUGCAGCUCCGGUACAAUGGGCUGCUGGAGACAAUCCGUAUCCGAAGAGAUGGUUUCUCCUGGAGACCCUCCUUUGAGGAAUUUGCUGAAAGAUACGGAAUUCUUCUAGUCAAACCUGGUGCUCCCCUCACAAAAGAAAGCUGCUUGGAAAUACUGCAAAGUACAAAACUGAAAGGCUGGAUUUGUGGAAAGUCUCGACUUUUCUUUAAAUAUUGGCAUCAGGAACAGCUGGCAAAGUAUUUGGAGCAACUGGAAAGAGCAGCAGUUAUCAUACAGAAAGUUUUUAGGGGAUUCAGAUGCAAGAAGAGUUUUCGAAAACUGUUGGCUGAGCUGAAAGCUGAAGCACAGCAGCUACAGGAGGAGGCAGAGAGAGAAAGAAUCCACCAGCUGCCACUGGCAGCAGAGGCCCAGGAAAGAAACUCGCUUCCAGUCCCCAUGCCACGAAAGAGGCACCCUCCUUCUAAUCCUCUUCCUUCUGAUCAGUCACAGCAGCCACCAGUGCCACGGCCACGCAGCAAACUAACAGAGUCCACUCCUUUUGAUAACUUCUUAAACCCUUCUGUGCCUCCUCCUGUUCUGGGAACUGAGGAACAGACUGGCGAAGAAGCAAAAGUGAGGAAACUCAAGAGAGGAGCAACUCUGCGCUGGUUCACAGAGACACAGGCCCAGAAGGUCAUGCAGGAUGAUGGGGCCUUUCCAAGCUGGCUGCAUGGGAUGAUCAGUCGGAGGGAAGCUGAAAACUUGCUGAUUGACAAGCCUUUGGGUUGCUUCCUUGUUCGGAUCAGCCAGAGCCGACCAGGCUACAUCUUGACAUACCGGGGUGAAGGGCGCUGCAGACACUACAUGAUCCAGGUGCAGCCCAACGCACGCUACGUCAUCCUGGGGGAGGACCGGGCUCACGCCUCGCUCACCGAGCUGGUGCGGUAUCACCAGAGCAUGGGCAUCCAGCCCUUUAUGGAAAUACUGACUGUCCCCUGUGGGCAGAAAAGUAGUGAGAGCUUGAAUUACAAAGAUCUGGAGAGUCUCACACUAAGUUCACCAGCAGACAAGGGGGAGACCCAUCCAGAGAAGCAGUCCUGCCCCUCUAUAGCUUCCAGUGGCACAUCUGCUCUGCAGUGGUUCAGGAGGACCAAGAAUUUCCAAAACCAGGAGACCCAAGACAAGAGUAGCAGAAAGCCUGGCUCUGGAGAGAGCAGCCAACGAGCCUUCCUUCGCCUCCGCUCUUCCAUACGCCUGGCAAUGCAGGAAAUCCAGCAGUUCACUUCCACUCCCAUGAGCAAGUCUAAAGAGAGGAGCUCACUGCACUGAGGAUGUACAGCCUGGGUGACACGGUCCAAGUGGCUCAGACCCGUCUUCUUCCAGUGCUGUUGGGCCUUGCCUGACAAUGAACUCAUCCAGAGAUACUGCAGCC